UGUCAAUCAAAUUACAAUAGAAUAAAAUCUCAAUUAAGUGCAGAAUACAAAAAUAAUAAUAAUAAGUAGUUGAAUAUCAUAAAACUACUGUCACUAGCUAGCUACAAUCAUUACAUAAAUAUUCUUUUAUACUCUAAAACAGAGGUUCCCAUACUUUUUUGUGUCAUAGACCCUUUGCAUGUUUUUAGGGUUUGGGUAGACUCCUACUUACCUGAUAUUGAUUUUUUGUAAAUUUCUAUCUGGAGGGAAGUUAGUGUAACAAGAUGAUACUGGUUUAUCAUGAUGUGCAGGUUUAAACAAUUUCAAAAUGUAUUGCGACCACAAAACGAAUGCCUACAUGUUACAAAAUUUUAUAAACAUAUAUAUAAUAUUUUUUAUUAUUUCAUAGGUACUUUUAUAAAUAAUGUAUAUGUCUUUUUAAUAGAAGAUAGCAUAAUACAAGUAAAUAAGUACUAUCAGUGUAUGUUGAGAACCAUUAUUGUGGACCCCCAUUUUCAUUUCAUGAACCCCAAAUUUUUUUUUCGCUGACGUAGACCCCUCGCAGGUCGUCAUAGACCCCUAGGACUCGAUAUAGACCACUUUGGGAAUCACUGCUCUAAAACAUCUUAUUGUAUAGCCAACUGUACAAGGCAGUCUUAAAUUUCUUAAAAUGCAUUUGUUAGUAUAAGGCGUAAGUUAGUAACUGAUUGUAAAUUUCGAUACACAUCCAAUUUAUUUUUGAACCGCAUUUUUUUAGUACUGCAGAAACCAUUUAUAACGAUUUCGUGUAUUUCGUGGAUAUAUAUAUAUAUAUAUAUAUCUUCAGCUUGCCUGAAAUAGUCCAUAAUUUACUUUACAAAAAUGUAUAGGCAAGUCAAUGGUAAUAUUUUAAAUGUUUAAACAAUGAUCUGCACGGUUCAUCAGGCGCAGUUCCAAAUUUUUUUGGGUAAUAAUAAAGUAAUAAAGCCUUUUUUGCUUCUAUACUAUAAAUAGUUGGUAUAUUCCUUUUAAUAUUAUUUGAAAAUUUAAAGAGAAUAUAAUUAUAAUAUUCAUCAAAGUGAUUAAUAGAAAAAUUCAAAAAUGACGAACAGGGAAGACGAGAGUGAUUCAGGUGAGACGCGUUUAGCUGCUUUGUUGGCUGUUCAUCUCGUUAGCCAAGUGCUCGAUGAAGCUUACGUGAUCACCAACGCUGCUACUGAAUCAGGUCAACCAUGGCGCUAUUUGGAAAUGCUAAAAAACAUAAGAAGUGGUCAAAUUGCUAAUAUGGAGGAAGAAAAUGUAUACUAUUGUACUUCUAAGGAAUAUAUCGAAACUAAAGAUAACGAAAUCUCAGGAGUAACAAACGUAGUUGCCACAUCUACCCCACAAAAAUUACCAGAAGCCUUUGGAAACAUAAUGAAUAACACAAGUUUUAUUGGCCAGGGGGAUGAGGAAUUUUCUUCAUCAGAGACGCAAAAUGAUAUGAACUCUUCAACAGCUAUGUUUAUAAACAAUUUAUUUGAUAUGAGUGAAGUCGAACAAGUGAUUAUUUGUGACGACUCUGUAAUUGCAGAGAGCAAUCAGGAUUCGAAUUAUAACGAUUUACUUACUGAAGCUAUGGCAAAAAUAAUGGAGUCAUAUAUAAACAAUGCUCUCAGUAUUGUUUUUGAUCAAGAUAAAGUUGUAAGUGACUGCACUGAAUCUUCUAAUGUAAAGAUAUCUCCUUGUAAUGAACAAUUAGGAUACUCAAUUCUAACAGAUACAAUAAGCACAGAAGUUGAAAAUAUUGUUGAGGAUAUUGCAUUUUACUUGGAUAAAGAUAUUAUUGAGACUGAUCAAAACGUUGCUGGAUCUUCAGUAACAGUUACUGAAAUCACUCAGAACGAAAACUCCGAGAAAGACCUCAAUAAAAGUGAUGUUGCUCGCUAUGAAAAUGCUUUCUUGACACUUAACCGUGAUUAUGAUCAAUAUUCCGAAGAAGAUGGAGAACCUGUACUUCAAGAUCCUAAAGGAUUGAUAAUGCAAGAUAUUGAACUAGAAGUAACACAAGCGCCAGAUGAUAAUAAUACUGAAACACAUGAGAUAAAAGAGAUAGAAGAGCUGAAAACUAAGGAGUUGAAAUCUGUAUCAGCUAUAUCAGCAGCGGCUAGUUCUCAUAAAAGCAGUUUGGUAAAGCGUUGCAGGACUCAAGGUGCGAGGUUGUUGGCAUGCCUUCGAGGCUGGUGGCGGCGCAAGACACCAGGAAAGCGCAAGGAAGCUCGGGUGCCAGGGUCAAUGCGUGGAAUAUGUCCGUUGUCACCAGAUGCCAGGCGACGCGCUACGAGCCUUCUGGAUCAAAGUCGUCUAGGUUCCUAUGUCGAAUCUGUCCCACAUGUGGUUUGGAAGUUCAAUACUGUUAGCGAGGCUUUAGUGAAUUCGUCCCGCUGGAAGAAUUACACAUUCGACGCUAAUAACGAUGAAUGCGCCAAAUAUUUAUAAAUUACAAAUUGUUAUUUUGUGCCAAUUUUGUGUAAAAUUAGAAACUUUUCAAUGUUUCAAGUAACUGUACUUUAUAUAGUUAUUAA